AUGGAGAAUUUCCUUAGGUCAAAGGAAUACUGGAGCUUAGUUGAAGUUGGCUUCGAGGAGCUGACGUCCAGUUCGAACAUGUCAGAGAUUGCUCAGAAAAGGCUUGACGAAAUGAAGCUGAAGGAUCUCAAAGUGAAGAACUACUUGUUCCAGGCAAUCGAUAGGACAAUCCUGGAAACCAUUCUAAAGAAGGAUACGUCAAAAAACAUUUGGGACCCGAUGAAGAAAAAGUAUGCUGGAAAUGAAAGAGUGAAGAGAUCAGUUCUCCAAGCCUUGCGAAGGGACUUUGAAACCCUAGAAAUGAAAUCAGGUGAAAUUGUUACCAAUUAUUUUUCUAGGGUUAUGUCUGUGGCAAAUAAAAUGCGUAUCUAUGGUGAAGUAAUGAAAGAUGUGACUAUCGUAGAGAAAAUCCUUAGGUCUUUAACAGACAGAUUUAAUUACAUAGUCUGCUCUAUUGAAGAGUCUAAGAAUCUUGACGCAAUGUCCAUUGAUGAGCUACAGAGUUCUCUAAUAGUCCAUGAGCAAAAGCUCCACAGACAGCAUGGUGAAGAUCAGGCUCUCAAGGUGUCCUACGAGGAGAGAAUAGGAGGAAGAGGACGUGGAAGAAGCACAAUGAGAGGCAGAGGCAGGGGAGAGGACGUCAGACAUUCAAUCGAGCCACCAUUGAAUGCUACAGGUGUCACAAACUCGGACAUUUCCAAUAUGAAUGUCCAGGUUUGGAAAAGGAGGCUAAUUAUGCAUAAAUGA